AUGCGCGACUCGGCUGCAAUGUUUGGCGGCCGCCUUCGCGCUGCUGGCCCCUUCACGGGAGUGCCGAAGCGGCGGCCGCUGUGUUCUGUGGUGGGGCGCCGCGCACCGGCCGCCAACUGGGAGCGGGCGCUACGCGACAGUCUGGAGCACACCGUGCUUCGCGAGUACGGUCUGGUGAACUCGCGCACGCAGCUGCUCGACGUCAUACAGCAGGGGCUGGAGUGCUGCGGCGCGGAGGGGCCCCGCGACUGGCAGCACUCGGCGUGGGCGCGCGCGCAGCGCGGCGAGGCCGAGGAGCCGGCCGCGGCACGCGCGCGCCGCCGCCCCCGCUUGGCCUGUCGGUGGGCGCGCCCGGGCCCCCUACUCACGUGCGGCGCGUGCUCGCGCGGCCGGGGGGGGCGUGCGAGGAGGCGCGGGCGUGGUGCGGGGGCGGGCGGCGGGGGGCGCGGGCUGCACGGCGCGGCGGGGGCCCGCGUGCUGGGGGCUGGGGCGCCUGGCGCGGCCCCGCGGCGCUGGGGGCGGGCUGCGGGUGGCGCACGCGCUGGCGCUGCCGUGGCGUGGCGCUGUGGCUCGCGCACCCCGCACCCCCCCUACAAACCCUAA